GCGGCUUCGACGGUGGAGCGCCGUUGAUGGAGGAACAACGGGUAGAUGAUAGUAGGUGGAUGGGAGGAGGAGGAGGAGGCGGCGGCGGUGGCGGUGGUGGGACCGGGAGGAUAGUAGUAGGUGGGGAUGGCAAUUGAUAGUUCGUCGGGGCGUGUUGAUUCUGGUGGGACCAGAUGUCGUCAGCCGGUAGGUCCACGAGACUCCGGAGCGACUCGACUCGACGGCGGGUUUUAUAUCCGUGAGGGAGAAACAAACGAUUGGUGGAGUUUAUGUCUUUUUCCUAAAUAUGGGGAUUUUGUUUGUAUUAUUUAUGGGGGCGUUUGCUUGCGUAUUGGGGCGCGGUAUCGGUCGAGGCGUGAGAGGGGGGGAGGUGGGAGGCGGAGGAAAAAGGUUGGAUGGCUGUAUCUGCGGAUCUGCGGGGGGAGUCUUCUUCGAUUUUGCUUCGAUUUUUCUUCUUCGGCUUUUGUUUGUUUGUUAUAUAUUCGUUUUUGUUUUUGUUUUUGCCUUUGGCGUGUAACUUUAGGGAUGGACUGGCUGGCUGCUCGGUUGUAUGUAUGUUUGUAUGUAUACGUCGGCGGGGGGGACGGGG